AUUUGACAUUUACAUUUGUUUCUUUUUAUAUCAAGACAUUCCCAAUUUGUCUUCGUAUAAAAUUUUCAUUUAUUGUGCAAAAUUUCCUCAAAAUAUUGGGUAUAAACAAUAAACUAUUACGAUGAAGCCUAAAAAGAAGUUGGGAGUUGGUUUGAGCCGCGAAGAGCGUAGUGUGAUUGUUAUUGGUGAAAUCAUACAAGAACUUUUAAAAGCACACGAGGAAAAGAAAGAUGUCAACUUAAAUCGGCUUAAAUCGCGCAUCUCUUCAAAAUAUGGUUUGGAAAGCUCCCCUCGGUUGGUAGAUAUUAUAGCAGCUGUGCCGCAGGAAGCGAAAAAAAUUUUGCUACCCAAACUGCGAGCCAAGCCCAUACGCACAGCCAGUGGUAUUGCAGUAGUAGCUGUUAUGUGUAAGCCACAUCGGUGUCCGCAUAUUAAUAUGACAGGUAACAUAUGCGUCUACUGUCCGGGUGGACCUGAUAGUGAUUUCGAAUAUUCAACGCAAUCAUAUACUGGUUACGAACCAACAUCUAUGCGUGCUAUACGUGCACGUUACAAUCCAUAUCUACAAACACGUCACCGUGUCGAGCAGUUGAAACAAUUGGGCCACUCUGUAGAUAAAGUUGAAUUCAUUGUAAUGGGUGGUACAUUUAUGAGUUUAGAUGAAAAGUAUCGAAAUGAUUUUAUAAUGAAGUUACAUGAUGCUCUGAGUGGUCAUACUAGCCGUGACAUUAAAGAAGCAGUACGCUAUUCGGAAAUAUCACAUACCAAGUGUAUUGGAAUCACUAUUGAAACGCGUCCUGAUUAUUGUCUAAAACGACAUAUAACCGAUAUGCUGAAUUAUGGUUGUACACGUUUGGAAAUCGGUGUACAAUCUGUUUAUGAAGAUGUAGCGCGCGAUACAAACCGCGGUCAUACUGUAAAGGCAGUAUGUGAGAGUUUCAAACUGGGAAAGGAUUCUGGCUAUAAGAUUGUAGCGCACAUGAUGCCGGAUUUACCAAAUGUAGACUUUGAGCGUGAUCUGGAGCAAUUUAUAGAGUACUUUGAAAAUCCAGCCUUCCGUUCAGAUGGUUUGAAAAUCUACCCUACACUUGUCAUACGUGGCACUGGUCUAUACGAGCUCUGGAAGACGGGUCGCUACAAGUCGUACCCACCUUCGAUGCUUGUCGAUCUGGUAGCAAAAAUAUUGGCUUUAGUACCGCCAUGGACGCGUGUUUAUCGCGUCCAGCGUGAUAUACCUAUGCCACUAGUGAGCUCGGGUGUUGAACAUGGUAAUUUGCGUGAACUAGCGCUUGCUCGCAUGAAAGAUUGGGGCACCGAAUGUCGGGAUGUACGCACACGUGAAGUCGGCAUACAAGAAAUACACAAUAAAAUACGUCCAUAUGAAAUCGAGUUAAUUCGACGUGACUACUUUGCCAAUGGCGGGUGGGAGACUUUCUUGUCAUAUGAAGAUCCAGAGCAGGACAUUUUGGUAGGCCUAUUGCGUUUGCGUAAAUGCUCGCCCGAUACUUUCCAAAAUGAGCUUACUAAGGUGGGACAGUGUUCGAUUGUGAGGGAGUUGCAUGUAUAUGGUUCCGUAGUUCCAGUGAAUGCAAGAGAUCCAACGAAAUUUCAGCAUCAGGGUUUCGGCAUGCUUCUGAUGGAAGAGGCAGAACGUAUAGCACGAGAGGAACAUGGUAGCGUCAAAUUAGCAGUCAUCUCUGGUGUAGGCACACGCGCUUAUUAUCGCAAAUUGGGUUAUGAAUUGGAUGGCCCGUAUAUGUCUAAAAUGUUGGUUAAUGAGGAGUAAACAUGAAUGAAAUAGAUUAACUGUUAUUUUGAAAAUGUCAAUGCCAACCGAAAACACUUACUUUCCGCUAUAUAUAUUUUAAAUAAAGUGUAAAUAAUGUUUC